UCAGCUGUGGUUGGCAGAUGGUGCUGGUCAUACAUCAGGGAUGUGAUGUGCUUUUAUUACUUCCCCGACCGUACAGCCGAUAAGAUGGGCGAGACGCGAUCGCCCCUGGUGCCGUUCUGGACAGUGUUGCUGCUAGCGAUCGGUGCAGGCGUCCAUUAUGCGCACGGCGCCAACAUUCUUGCCCUGAUGGGUGUGCCUAGUCCGAGCCAUCACAUUUGGAACCGUGCGCUGGUGAAUGCGCUAGCUGCCCGUGGCCACAACCUGAUCGUCGUAUCGCCGGACGUAGAGCGAAAACCGCCACCGAACGUGACGUACAUCCAUCUCGAGAAAACGUACGACACGAUCCACGAGGGCGCGACGGCGAUCGAUUUCUACGAGAUGGGCCAAUCGAGCAUACUGGAGAGCAUGCGGAUCUUCUACGACUACGCGAUCUCGAUGUGCAUCGGCAUACUCGGGUCGGAGGGAUACCAGACGAUCAUGAACUAUCCGCGCGACACCAAGUUCGAUCUGGUGCUGUACGAUUUCACCUGCGGUCCGUGUCUGCUCGCUGUGUACGAUCGGUUCGGCCAGCCACCGAUGGUUGGUGUGACGGGCUUCAACACACCGCCCUACACGACCGAUCUGAUCGGGGGCCACAAGUAUUACGCCUACGUGCCGUACUACACGCUGGACUACGACAGCAGUAUGAACUUUUACCAACGAUUCUACAAUGCCGCACUCCAUUGGAUCGAUUACUUCUACCGCAACUACAUCUUCCUUCCGGAAACGGAUCGUCUUGUACGCGAGCACGAAAAGGCAAACGAUCUUCCCUAUCUCGGUACGAUGGAUCAGAAAAUGAUGCUUAUGCUGGUGAACUCUCACCAUUCCGUCGACUUCCCCGAACCGAUCCCUCAAAACAUGAUCCAGGUCGGUGGGCUACAGAUCAUUCCAUCGAAGCCGCUUCCAGCCGAUAUCGAUCGCUUCAUCCGGGCCGGGAAGAAGGGUUCCGUGCUGUUUUCUCUCGGGACGAACGUGCUCAGUAAAGAUUUGGGUCCGGAGCGGAUCAAAGCGUUCCUGCAAGCGUUCCAGCAAAUGCCGGCCUAUAACUUCCUGUGGAAGUUUGAAACGGACCUACCGUACGAUCUGCCGCCGAAUGUUAUGAUGAAGAAGUUUCUGCCACAGAACGAUAUUCUCGCCCAUCCGCAUGUGAAGGGCUUCAUGACGCAUGGCGGGCUGCUGAGUACGCACGAGGCAACGUGGCACGGUGUGCCAAUGAUCGGUAUCCCCGUGAUCGCUGAUCAGUAUCGGAAUCUCGCUAAAUCCAUCCGCGCUGGUGUAGCGGAAAAGAUUAGUCUGUGGGAUCUGACGACGGAGAAAAUACGCAACACGGUGCUGAAGGUGCUGGAGUCACCCCGCUACCGUGAUGCCAUGAAGGUACGAUCGGAGCUGUUCCGCGAUCAAUCGGAACAUCCGCUCGAGCGGGGCGUCUGGUGGGUCGAAUGGGCUCUACGCCAUCCGAACGCGAAGACGAUCCAAUCGCCCACCCUCGAGCUUGGACCGUGGCGGAGCGAACUGUACGACGUGAAGGCCUGCCUGGUGCUGGCCGUACUGUUGGUCGUUUAUUUGCUGCACAAAACGGGCAAAGCACUCUUUGCGAAAGCUUCCCAGCCGGGUAAAGCGAAAAAGAAAGUACGUCGUUACCAGCAAAUGUGCCAUUCAUUUUCGCUCACAUGUGUACCGAGUAAACCCCUAAUGAGUUCAUUAACGAACACAAAACACGUGUUUGAUUCAAUAAAACUCUUGUCAAGCUAUCAGCACCAUCCAGUAGCCGUUGGCGCUCGUUUCCAUGGUGAUCUCCGUACAAUGAUACCCGGGCUAGUGAUACUCUUGCUUUUCCAGCAAUUUUGCUGGCAGUUAUCGGCCGGCGCAAACAUCCUCUGUCUUACGCCAGUCCCCAGCCCAAGCCAUCACAUCUGGAACCGAGUCUGGAUCGAGGCACUCGCUGCCCGCGGCCACAACCUAACGGUGAUAUCAGCGGAUGUGGACGAGCGAACAGCUCCACCCAACAUCACCUACAUCCAUCUCGAGCAUGCCUACUCGGAUCUGCACACGGAGCUCGAUCUGUUCCAAAUGGCGUCCCACAGCGCACUCACCGGAAUAAAGGACCUAUACGUCUGGGGUACGGCCAUGUGCAGGGGAGUGGUACGGUCCAAGGGUUUGCAAGUAAUUCAAGCCUAUCCAGACGAUUUCCGGUUUGAUUUGAUCAUCGCGGACAUCACCUGUGGACCGUGUCUGUUUCCACUGAUACAUAAAUUCCACCAUCCACCACUGAUCGGUGUAACGGCGUACAACAAUCCACAGUUUACGGCGGAUUUCGUCGGCGGACACAAGCACUACGCGUAUGUGCCGUUCUUCACGUUAAACUACGACUCCGAUAUGACCUUCUAUCAGCGAUUCUACAACUGGGUCCUGCACAAUGUCGAUCAUUUCUAUCGCCAUCACGUGUUUCUUCCCCGCAUCGAGCAGAUGGUACGCAACCACUUCCGCUACCCUGACAUGCCAUCGUUGGAGCAGAUGGAGCACAACACCGUACUGCUGCUUGCCAACUUCCACUACUCCGUUGACUUUGCCGAAUCAAUCGCACCGAACCACAUCCCGGUCGGUGGACUGCAGGUGCGACCCGCCAAUCAUCUUCCAGACGAUCUGGCCACCUGCAUUGCAGCCGGUAGGGAAGGAUCGGUGUUGUUCUCGCUCGGCACCAACGUGAGAAGUGCCGAUCUGGGGAAGGAACGCAUCCACAUGUUCCUGGAUGCGUUCCGCCAGCUGCCGGAGUACAAUUUCCUGUGGAAGUUUGAAGAGCUGCCAUCGUUUGAGGUUCCUGCGAAUGUGUUGAUAAGGGCGUUCUUGCCCCAGAACGAUGUGUUAGCGCAGCCGAACGUUAAGGCGUUCAUUACGCACGGCGGUAUGCUGAGUACGCAUGAGGCUACGUGGCACGGUGUGCCGAUGGUUGGGAUUCCUUUUAUCUGCGAUCAAUAUCGGAACCUCCACAAAUCGGUAACUGCCGGUGUUGCACUACGCCUAGCUUAUGACUCUCUCUCGGUGGAGCAAAUUCUAUCUGCUCUCCGGGAGAUACUAACCAACACCAGCUACCGAGAUGCCAUGAAGCGCCGUUCCGCACUGCUGCGCGAUCAACCGGAACAUCCGCUCGAUCGAGCCGUCUGGUGGAUCGAGUGGGUCCUACGUCAUCCCGACGGGAAGGCAAUACAAUCACCCACCAAGCAUAUGACAUUCUGGCAGUACGAGCUGUACGAUAUAAAGCUGGCACUGAUACUACUUACCGUUCUGGCCGUUUACUGCUGUAAGCGUAUUUGCACACGCUCCGACAGACGCUCAUAUCGCAAUGUAAACAAGAAAAGUAACUAAAGGGAGUGCACACUCAGGCACCUGCUCGAGCUCGAGUUAGAGUUCAAUUCAUUCAACAA